CGCGCGGCUCUUCCUUCGCUGGGGCGCUGCGCGUAGCUUCCACUCGCCCGGCUUCGAGCCGCGGGCAGUCAGGCCAACUCCAUGAGGACCAAGCAGGUGAACGUGCUGAUCGCGCUGGCCGCCGUCAUGCUCUUCAGCUUUUCCUGCUUCUGCAUCUCCAGGAUGACUCAAACCAGUAAUCAAUUAAUUAAUUGUAGAAACCAUAUUUUGGAGUUUAAGGAAAAAAUGCUACGUUUAAAAAACAAAACUGAAAGAAAUCGCCAAGAGCUGAUCAAAGCCUUGAGUAAAAUGAAGUAUGAAAUGACACAGAGAAAAAAUAUGCCCAUAAACUUAGUUGAGAAGAAAAUGAAGACCUUGGGUAAGAGUGAAACAGCAUCUAAUACAUUUGAAAUCCUAAAGUUCUUUUUUCCUCAUUUAAGGAAAGCAGGCAGAAUUUAUCCUGAUGUAAUCAUUGGCAAAGAGAAAACAGGUGUCUCUUUUGCACUGGGUAUUUCCACUGUUAACAGAGGAAAUCAGAGUUACCUGAAGCAAACACUGAAUUCCGUUGUCUCCAGGAUGACUCCUUCGGAAGAGAAGGACUCCGUGGUGAUCGUCUCUGUUGCAGAUGGAAAUGAAGAUUAUUUAAAAUCUGUUGUUGACAUGAUUACAAAAAGAUUCAAAAGGCAACUAAGGUCUGGAUCAUUAGAAAUCAUUUCAAUACCUGCCUUUUUUUAUCCAAACAUAUUCCACGUCAAGCAAUCAACUGAGGACUCCGGAAGAUCAGAGAAUUGGCGUAUCAAACAAGUACUGGAUUUUUGUUUUUUGAUGCUAUAUGCCCAACCCAAGGCCAUGUAUUAUUUACAGCUAGAAGAUGAUAUCAUAGCUAAAAAGACAUACUUUACAAAAAUCACAGAUUUUGUGCAUAAUAUCACUUCCAAAAACUGGUUUUAUAUUGAGUUUUCAAUUCUUGGAUUCAUAGGAAAGCUGUUUAAAUCUGAGGACUUAACUGACUUUGUACGUUUUUUUUUAAUGUUCUACAAAGAUAAACCCAUAGACUUGCUCUUGGGGGACAUUUUUCAGGUAAAGAUGUGUAACCCAGGAGAAACUCCUGAAAAGUGUGCAGAACGAAAUAAACAAAUUCGUAUUCAAUAUAAGCCUUCUCUUUUCCAGCAUGUGGGUAUAGAGUCAUCACUCCCUGGCGAAGAACAAUAUUCCAAAGAUAUUUAUUAUUAGGAGCUUCAUAAUUCAAAUACCUUCUUUAAAAAUGAUGAACAUCAUUCUUUGGAAAAAAUGGCAUAAUAAGGAUUAGUCUUAGCUCUCAACUUACUUCAUAGUGGAUAAGAGACUGUAUCAUAUAAAAAAAUUUAAGCCUUUGAUAAUAGAAAAAUAUGAAGAUAAUAAGCAUAACAAGAAAAAAACCCUAUAAUACCUUGGAACCUCAGAUAACCUUGCUUUCUCAUGGCCUCUUUCAGAAAUUAUAAUAAUGAAAAUGCAUAAUUGUAUAGAAGAGGAGAAAACAAUAAACUACUAGAAUUGAAAGUACUAAACUACCUCUUACAUCAAGAAAAAUUAAAAUAUUUAUGAUACUUAUACUAUUACUAUUAUAAUUUAAUUUAAAAAUAGUAAAAGCAGGGAAGUUUUCAAAAUUAAGAAAUGUAUUUUGUUAACUUAGUGAUGCUGUCACAUAAUCUCAUUAAAUAAAUAUCUACAAGUUUAGAAAAUUGCCAUUGCCACAGACAAGUUCUGUGUAUAUUGGAGUAUGUUCUUAUCCAUUUUGUUAGGACAUCUAAAGAAAUAGAAAGCACAAUUUAAGCAACCCUGGCUCUAAAUAUUUAAAGAUAUCUUCUUUUAAAUAAAUUAAUUUAAAACUAUAAACUUACCAUGAAGUGCCAUUGAAUUAUCAACCUCUUGAUAUUUAGGUAUACUGAUAGUCAUUCAGUUCUAAAGAUUUAUAAUUUCUCUUAUUAUUAUCUUUUUAGCUCUGGGGGUAGUUGGUAGUUUUGUGGGUUUUUUUCUUUCAAAUGUAUUGGUUUUUGCCGUCUUUUACUGUUGAUUUCUUAUUUAAUUACAUUGAUAUUAGUGGAUUUUAUCUGUGUGAUGAUUUGAGAAUUGUUAUGAAUUGUACACCCCUUUUCAAAUAUGUUGCAUUCAUUUGUUUUUUAUAAAUGUUAGUUUUGUGCUUUAAAAAUAUCUUUUUUAAAAUAUUCCUAUUUAUUGGGUAAAGGACUCUUAUAUGAGGCUUUUUAAUUUACAUUUUCAAGUUCUUUUAAUUCUAAUGAAUUUUUGUCUGCUUGAAUGAUCUAUCAGUUUCUUAGAGAAGUCUAUUAAACUCCCCUAUUUCUUCUUGUUAUUCUUUUAGGUUUUAUUUUAUUUGUUUUGAGAAAUAAUAAGAGAUGU